CCCUAAAGAAGAAAAAAUAAAUUUAUUAGAUGAUCACAUGGACCAUGACCAUUGACCAAAAUUGAGUUGACCACAAAGAUUUGCCUUGAACUCAUACACAUCAAUAUGACAAUGGCCCACAAAGUCAUCAAAAUCCUAAUCACUAAUAUUCCUUCUCUUUCUUUGGUCAAAACAAGAACCCCGAGAGCCCACAUUUUCUUUCAAAACCCUCAACAGACCAUAGCCCACACUUCCUCCACGCGCAGACUCCAUUAAUGGCAUCUCAUCCCCAUCACCACCACCACCACCACCACCACCAUGACUGCUGCCCAAACCCAUCUCCCACCACCACUUGUUGCUGCAGUUCUAGCCACUGUUUUGCCCAACAGCACCACCACCUUGCACCACCACAGCCACAACCUCAAGCGCCCGCAGAUCCACUCCUCCAAACGAUAGCCAGUCUUCUCCAGCAACAUCAGCAGCAACAAUCACUACCCACAUACCCAACAAAACCCCAUAACUUUCAGAAUCCACAGCUCCAAAAGCAACACCUCCAGCAGCGGAAGACUUACUUGAAACAACAAGAGCUGCAGAGUCAAACGCAGUCUAUUCUCUCUUUACUUGUCCAUCGAAUCAAUGUCCUUGAAUCCUCUCUCCACCAGUUCUGCACAUCUGGGUUUUAUCAUCCUCCUUCAAGUUUUGUUAGAGAUGCUGCUGCUCGGGUUAUUCAAGCCCACUUCCGUGCCUUUCUCGUUCGCAGAUCAAUUACCCUUAGGCAGCUCAAGGAGCUUGCUUGCAUCAGAUCGAGUUUCAACUCUCUCAAAUCCUCUGUCUCUAAUGAAAACCAUUUCAAUGUUGAGGCUGUUUAUCAGCAAGCCAUGGAUUUGCUUCUUAAACUUGAUUCCAUUCAGGGUGGGGAUUCAAUGAUCAGAGAUGGGAAGAGGUCAGUUAGCAGAGAAUUGGUAAGGUUUUUAGAGUUUGUUGAUGGGUUUACUGUGAAAAGGCAUGCAGUUUCAUUCCAGUCUAGAAAAGCUGUGAAAUUGGUGCGUAAAGGUACCAAAUCUAGCUACUUGGGGAAGCCUAACGGCAAGAACAUUCAGGUUGAUAAGAAGGAAAUGAUAGACAACUUGAGGGAAAGAAUUGUAAAGAUCCGUGAUUUUACUAGGGUUUUUGAGAAUGAUGAGGAAGAGGUGGAGUUUGAAGGGUUUCAACAAGUUAUUGAUGAAGAAGAUGAUGAUCACGAUAACGAAAACUCUAGGCCUACUAUUAAUGGGAAGUCUGGGAUUCCCAAAACUAGAAAUGGGAUUUUGAUCCUGAGGAAUGGGAAUCAAUCUAGCAUGAAAAAAUCUGUGAGCUUCGCUGAAAAUGGGAGCCUGUCAAGGGUUUUUGGCAAUGCUUGUAAAACAGUUUCCAGUGGCGUUGGUAUUUCAACAGGUGGGCGUGUUUCUAGUGAUGAUCAUGAAGAGGCUGCGGAAAAUGAAUAUGAAGAUUCCAAGGGACUCUCUAAGGAUGCUGAGGGUAAUGAAGAAGCACACUGGUAGAAUGGAGGAUCACCUCAGAGCAGUGUGGGAGUGAACUUCACAUUUUCUGCUCCGGCAUCUGUGAAAAUGGAAUGCAGAGUUGAUUUACUGAAUAAGAGCAAGGCUGGAAAAGCUUUUACAUAAUUAAUAGGCCAUAACAUUGUGGUUUGGGUUAGUUUUAGUUCUGCUGGUUUGGGGACUUUAGGAAGAACUUUUGCUGCCUGUUUAGAUCAUAAUUUUUUUCCUCGUUACAUUGUUUUGCCAUGAUAGUUGUCUUGUUGGAGAUCUAUUUGUUGUCGGUGCAAAACCUUCUGCCACAUAUAUUCUUUUCCCCCACCCCCAGUUUCAGUGACUGUAACUUGUAAUUUUGGUGCUGAUCAAUGUUUAAAUUUCUCUCA